CAGAAGUGACAUGUGUUCAACACACAGAUUUUUUUUCCUCUCACCUUUAAAUCCCAAAGAUUUUCUCUUUCCAUUUCUAUCUUUUUCUUUUUCGGGGCUUUGAAAUUAACAGUGGUUUUCAGUACACAACUCUGAAAGUAUAUGUUAGAACAAUGUGGUUUCAGGUGUUCUUUCUGGUGUGAGAAUGGCGGGUUUCAUUGCAUUUUGGUUGUGAGUCAAUUCAUCUCAUGAUCUGAUGGGUGUUUUCUCCAAUUUGGUUGGGACUAAGCAAUGAUUGAUUCCUAGUUUCACACAGUUACACCCUUACGACAUGAAACCAAGAUCAAAGAGUGGGUGGAGCUCAAUCAUGCCUCUUCAUUUGUCAAUCCCCUGUUGUAUGUUCCCAAAAGUGAAUUCAGCAAGCUCUAGUCCAGGAAGAACACCUGUUUAUCUUAAUGUGUAUGACUUGACACCCAUCAAUGGCUAUUUCUAUUGGGCAGGCCUUGGUGUUUUCCACACUGGGGUGGAAGUUAACGGUGUGGAAUAUGCUUUUGGAGUCCAUGACCACCCAACAACUGGAGUCUUUGAGGUUGAACCUCGGAAAUGCCCUAACUUCAAGUUUAGAAAGUCAAUAUUCAUGGGAACAACAAACUUGGACCCUAUCCAGUUCAGAGAAUUCAUGGUGUAUCAGUCUGCAAACUACAAUGGCGACACAUAUCACAUGGUUGUGAAGAAUUGCAAUCAUUUCUGUGAGGAUAUGUGUUACAAGCUGACCGGGAACCAGAUUCCAAAAUGGGUAAAUCGACUAGCAAGAAUAGGUUCAUCCUGCAACUGCAUACUCCCGGGGUCCCUUAAAGCUUCUGCCGUUCAACGUGAUCCAAAAUUCCAAGGCUAUGACAGUGAAAAGAAGAGACUGAGAAGCUCCUUCAGUUGUUUGUCAUCCAUUUCAAUGCAUCAGCAGAAGAGGGAAGUAUCAAUAUCUUCAUUGAUCCUACACUCCCAUUAUAAAGGCUGCCUACCACCAUGGGAGUUAAAAAAUUCAAGAAAUGAGUCCUUGACGGACGUGUAAGAAGACUGUCAUAUUCGUAACCUGAUACUUCUCCAAGUCUCUCUCUCAACCAGGAGCUAAUCUUUCGUCAUCCAUGAAACUCAUCUGAAUGACAGCGCUAGAGUUGCAUCUUCAAUUUAUAGAUUUUUUCUUUCUUAUGAUUGUCACAUGAUGCUUGUUGUCUUUGUAAGAUAGUCCUAUGAUUCUAGUGGUUUACAGCUUUGGAUGUGCAAGCUCAUGUUGUCAUAGCAGAAGCAGAACCUAGUAAAAAAUGCUGCAUUGCUCAAAAAAUUGUCAUUGAGGUCUUGUGUUCCUUGGUACUCUUGUCUUUUGAAAAAAAAAAUUUAGAUUUUGCAUUUGUU